CUAGGCUGGAUAAAUGCGUUGCUGGAAAUAUUUACCCAGGCUGGAUAACUAUCCAUGUUGGGUAAAUUUAUCCACUGGUUAACUUUUACAUAUAUCCCAUAAUCCAUUGUAAAUUUGCGCAAAAAUGGCCGACAUGUCGUCAAGCCAGACGUCAAACUCAAAUAAUUUGGAUACGGCAGCAAAAAAAGAGAAAACGGGGUCCAAAUUAUACGGCCUCUGAACUUGCAGUAUUGGAGGAAGAGUUUUCCGCAAACCGUUCCUUAUUGGAAAGUAAUCUUUCGGAUAAGGUAACGCAUGCACAACUUAAACAUUGUUGGCAACAAAUCGCCGAUAAAGUGAAUUCCGUUGGACACCACUUUCGAUCUGGGACAGAAAUAAAAGAAAAGUGGCGUCAAAUGGUAAAGAAAGCCAAAAAAGAAUUUAGUGAGUUCAAGAAGGAGUCCACGAAAACAGGUGGCGGACGACCUCCAAGUAACCCGCCGUCCACAUCAUCUCGAAUCAUUGAGAUGUACAAGGACACUGCUGGGUUUUCCGGGAUCCCAGGUGCGGCAGACCUCGAAACCUUCAUCUUUCAGGACGGUGAAGUGCUCAACCAUACACAGACUGGGGUAACUGGAGAAUUUAUCCUCGACUUCAUCCUGGAACAAACAGGCGAAGACACCGUCAAUGAGCAGUCGAAGUCAAAUACAGUCACAAGGAACUUGAAAGAGACAACGAUUGAAAAGUCUCAUACAGUGAGUUGUGAAUCGGUUGAUCAAAUGACGGAGAAAGAAAAAGUGCAGAAGACUACGCAGGUCUCAUCCGACAACAGCAGAACCAGGACGAACGAACGCGAUAGCUCCACAUACGAUCCGUGUUCCAGCAAGCAAGGUGAUGCAAAGAAAAAAUCGAAAAGGUAUUUAUGA